AUGUCGAACCCCUCGCGUGCCGCACAUGAUGAUGUGCCUGUCCAGAUCCGACAGAGUCUGGCAGCGCAACGUGCACAACAGAGUCUCUUCGAGCUUGACGAGUUCUCUGAUCCUGUGGUUCAGCAGGAUGGUGUUGAGACAGCAUCUGCCCCCAUCCCUUCCAGAGCAGCCCCUGCAGGUGCUGCAGAUGGUGUGGUGCUCGAAGAGGUGAUAGCUUUGCUCGCUCAGGUAACCAAGCAGACGGAAGACGCGGUGAAGCGAGCCGGUGUCAUAGAAACGCUUCGAGCCUGUGACACAUUGGGUCUCCUCAAGGGACACCCCAUUCUCCAGCGGCUUUUCCUGGAUAUGUACGAUGAGACGAAACGGAACCGCUUGCUGACCUCCAGCCGCGGCUCCUCUGCUGCGGGCAAGCCUCCUGUGGCAGUGGACGCGGUUGCCUCAGGUGCCGAUCGUCCCUCCCAGGGGGUGUCACCUGAAGCUUUGGACGUCGAGAUGGUGGAGCCGGCAGAUUCGGCGGCUGAUGGCGACUUUGCCAUGGUGGACCCCACCCCUGGGGAUGGGAGCGCGGUUGCCUCAGGUGCCGAUCCUCCCUCUCAGGGGGUGCCAUCGGCAGAACCUGAGGUGGCUCUCUCAGAGCCGGGCUUUAUCGACUCGGCCAGUGGCUCCUGGGUCCUGGCCGACAAGGCGCCUUCGAUCACGGUGCCUAGCACCUCGGGAGACUACGCCUGGGUGGAACAUGAAGACGUCGAGCUUCUCCAGGCUUGGGUGCAAGAGCAGCUUGACGCGGCAAAAGACCCUCAGACGGUCCUGCCGCAGAUCGAAGAUCGGGUCGUGAUGUUGCAGAAGGAGCUCCCGUUUGUCUCGGUCAUGGACUUGUUUAGCAAGUCCCACCCAUGGUGGGAGGCAGUGUGCAGAUGGUACUGCACCGUCCCGGAAGAGGUGGGCAUGGUGAAAGGCCAAAAGCUUUCAAGCACAGUCUUGGCCAGAUGGAACUGCCUUAGACGGGAGGACCGUGUGAAGAUCCUCUCUCAUGUGGACGCCACUUCUAAGGAGUUCCACCAGGACCCGAGUCAGUUCGUGAGCGGCUUGAUGCACAUGAAGCACAAGCUCCCUUUUAAGAAUGUCGGCACGAUCAUCCUCUCCCUGCCGUCCCUGACGAAAGACGAGCUGCUUGGCUCUGACAGAGCGGUGGUCCAGUGCGUGGACGCCAGCAAGGCGGUAUACAGGCUGGUCUCCCCGGAAGUGAUGCCCGACCGCUUCUUCCGCAGUGACGUCGCGACCAUCCUCCGUUCCCUCCCGAAGUUGGUGGUGGAGAAGAUGGUGGCCGCUGUGGAGUCCGAGGACUCGGGGCUCUUCGAGGAUGCGAUCCUGAACAUCGGGGGCCACCUCCGCAGCAGAGUGGCUACGCUCCGCCAAGAGGAAAUCCUCAAGAAGCAGGGCCAAGGGUUUGGCACAGCUACGGUGCCCAGGCCCUCGACCGCGCCCUUGCCUUACAUCUGCUCGGACCGGCUGCGGGGGGAAGCCAAUGCUUCUAUCGAGGCCCCGGCCCCGGAUGGAUCCUCCUGGCGCUUGGUGGAGGGUGCGUGGCAGAACACCUCGAACAGCUUCAGGGAGGACUUCAAGUACAAGUUCGGCAGGCCCCAGACGGAAUAUGAAAGGAAGUUGCCGGGCCCUGCUCUUUCCGCUGCCAUCAACGCUGCCGGUCCGAUGGGGGAAGCCUCCUCACCCGGUCCGGUUACCUCAGGUGGACAGGGAGCCCCACCAUUGGCGGCUCAACCUCCAGACAUUGACAUCUGGCACAUGGUGGGACCAACCAAGAACGAGGGCCAGAAGAAGUUUGAGAGGGGUUUUCCCCUGGACUUCCUUGACCUGCGCCUGAAGGCUAAGUCGUGGAUGGAGGCAAGGGGGUUCGGAGAGCCGAAGUGCCCGGAGGAUUACGCGAUCAUCCUCCGCCGCAUGAGCUUCGAGGUCCACUGCAUGAACUUCCUGCACAACCCCAGCUGGGAUGCCCCGGUCGUUGACUCCAAAGAAAGGCUUCGGCUGCGGGCGGAGUACGACCACAGAGUCACGCUGCCCAUCGAUUCCCUCCCGCUUGACCUCAAGGCCUUCUUCUCGGGCAAGCACAAGUGGGCAGUGGCCUUCCAGUACUACUGCUGCACUGGAGGGGCGUGGGUUAAGGCCCCGGACUUCGUGGACAAGCCCAACCGGAGGCAUUGGAUCCACAUGGAAUGUGGCAUGGUCCUCCCGGCCCUGUCAGGCUUCGACUACACCAGGGUUGGGUCGAGCAAGCAUUCCAAGAACCGUUAUGCCUGCACCCUUUGCAGGACCGAAUGGGGCCGGGACUCGGCGGAAGGCAAGUGGCUCAAGGGCCACGAGAUGCACGGCUGGCUCCUGGAGAUUUUCGAUGGCGAUGUGGUCCUGCAGGCCAUCGUCACGGCUCCACCGCAUGCAGAGCGCGAGAGGUGGAUCCAGGGGCGCAUGCUCUUCUGUCGGAAGUUCGAGGGCACGGCUCCGCUACUUGACGCGGCCCCACACAAGAUGCCGGGGCAGAAUCCCUUCCGCAUCCGUCUGGGCCCUGACGCUUCUACACAGCUGUGGCGUCUGGUCUUCUCGGAGCCCUCCUUGGAAGCUCUCCAAUCUUUGGAUGUCUUGGCUGAUGCGGUCAAGGAAGAGCUUAAGGCGGAUGUGGAGAUGAAGCCCGCGGCCUCCUAG